AUGCAAUAAAAUCAAAGUCCUAUUCCAUAAGAAAAACUGAGUUUUCUCAAUACUCUCUUAGACAAAGAACUUGACAUGCUUAAAUAUAAUAAUGUUCCAAGUUAUCUCCAAAAAACAUAACCAUCAUCUUAUUUUGAAUAAGAAUCAAUUUAACAAUCUAGUAUAAGAGCAUUAAGUAAUAAUCCUACAUCUUAAACUAAACGAACUACUAAUGGUGAUCUCAAUGAAAUAUAAGAUAAAAUUAUUACUAUUGAAGCAAGAAUUCAAAAAAAUAUUGAAAAACAAAUCUAACCAAAUUAAUUAGUAUAAUAAUAAGAAGUUAAGGAUUCAGAUGAAGAAACACCUUUAAAGAAUAAAUAUAAUCAUAAUUAAUCAUCUCACAAAAAACAGAUUAAAUUUACAGAAUAAGAACAUUCAACCAAAACACUUAAUAAAUCUUCUUUUCAUGAUGAAAGAAAGAAUAAAUUUUAAUAAUUAGAAAAGAAUAUUGAAAGUGCAGAGAAUAAAUUAUCUUAAUCUAAAGCUUAAAGAAAAUCUUUGAGUUAAGCUAAAUCAAAAAGCAAAGAAAAAUCACAAACUUCAUUAUAAAGAGGAAUCAGCACUUAAUAAUAAGAUGUUUAAUCAUUACAAAUAAAAGUCUCUCAAUUAAGAAAACAAUGGGAAGAUGAUAGGGCUUAAUUAAUUAAGGAAAAGUAAAAAAAUUAAUAAAUGCAAUCCUAAAUAGACUAGUUAAAUAAAAAAUUGAAGAAAGUUUUAUAAUAAAAUGAAAAAUUUAGUUAAAUAGAAUAAGAAUAAUAAAGAUUAUAAGAAAAUUUUGAAAAAAGUGAAUUUAUCAGAUAAUAAUAAAAAUAGUUAAUACAAACUUUAAAAUAAGAGAUCGAAGAAUUAAAAUCAAAUAAUAAUAAUAAUAAUCAACCUAAUAAUAACAUCAAAAAUAAAUCAAAAAAAAGAGGAUUAGAAGACAAUAGUAACAAAUACUUAAAUAAAUGA